CAAAAAAACAAAGUCAAAGGAUUGCAUCUCAAAAGUAUUGCUUGCAAAACUCUCUCCCCGCAACCCUUUAUCACCAACCAUCGCUACAUUUUGGUAAUGUGUUGCAUAAUGGCGUUGACUGAAGAAGUGAUGCCGACCGUCGGGAGAUCAUUUGCAAAGAGUCGAGUAUUCAAUAUAGGAACGUAGUAAUAUAAAAAGAGGAAGGCAGAGAGCGAUGCAGACGGUAAGCGGUCUCAGGGCUAUAAAAAUUCUUUCGAAGAAGAGAGAAAAUCCAAAACGAAGCAAAUAGAAAAAUUCUAGAAGGAAACUUGCUGAUUUUGGCCCGGCGUGAGGAAGAUCUUUGCAUUCACCAAGACACUCGUACAUAUCUAAUCAAAAUAAAUCUCUAGUGAAAUUGGAAGAAGGCUCAAAAAUAUCUGGAUCAGUAUCGAUUGAAUAAUGUCAUAUUCGUGCGAACAAUAAAUGAUGGGUUAUGUGUACAAAUAAAACAGAUCGACGAAAUCGAGCGAGACGAAACUCGCAAAGAUCAGAGGGAUACAUGCAGAAGUAUGAACAAAUUUGAGGAAGCAUCAUCAAUUUCGGCUUACAUUUCCUGACGUGUUAUUCUUUUAUAAUCUUUAUUGAGGUUGCCUGAAAUACUUUUCUAUAAGGCUUAGAGUUCUUGACUGAUAUCUUACUGUCACAGAAGAAUAGUUUUAAUUACGUGCUUUCUUCGGUUUGUGAAACGUUAUAUUUAGAAUUAUUAAGGAUGGGAUUUGAGGUAAAUCGUUUCCAAGGAGAUGUCGAUGAAGAACUAGUGUGCCCUAUCUGCUCAGGAGUACUGGAAGACCCUGUUCAGGUGAGCGACAUGUUACAGGCUCCAGUAUGUGAGCAUGCCUUUUGCCGGGUAUGCAUCAAUGAGUGGAUCAAUCGACAACCUACAUGCCCUCUGGACCGAACACCAAUAACAUCUGCUCAACUUCGACCAGUUCCAAGGAUACUACGCAAUCUCCUGGCAAGGCUCUGCAUCACUUGUGACAAUAUCGUCUAUGGCUGUCAAAUUGUGGUGAAACUGGAUAGCCUGGAAUCUCAUUUGGAGGAAUGCGAAUAUAAUCCAAAGAGACCAAUGCCCUGCGAGCAAGGCUGCAGCCUUAUAAUUCCAAAGGACGAACUCAAGGAUCACAACUGUGUCAGAGAAUUACGUAGCCUCAUUCAAUCUCAACAACAGAAGCUUAGUGACAUGAAACGUGACCUCAGCGAGCAACAGUUUCAAAUUAAUGAACAAAAACGCGAGAUUCACCUAUUAAAGGAUUUCAUGCGGGCCAUGAGAGUUUCGAAUCCAGCAAUGAGAGCAAUCGCAGAUCAGAUGGAACGCGAUGAGGUGGUACGGUGGUCAGCUACAUUGCCACGAGCACGAGUCACUAGAUGGGGAGGAAUGAUAUCGACACCUGACGAGCUUCUACAGACUAUGAUCAAAAGAACCCUUUCCGAGUACAACUGUCCCCCACAUGUCAUCGACGAGCUAAUGUUGAACUGUCACGAAAGAAAGUGGCCACCAGGUUUAAACUCUUUGGAGACAAGGCAGAAUUCCCGACGUCAGUACGAGAACUAUGUGUGUAAACGCGUUCCUGGAAAGCAGGCCGUCUUAGUCCUGCACUGUGAUAAUACUCAUAUGCCUGAGGAUAUGAUGGUGGAACCAGGAUUAGUGAUGAUCUUCGCACAUGGUAUCGAAUGAGAGAUUUUUCUAAAACCUGUUGCUAGAUGAAGGAAUUACGAAAAUGGUAGUACGGAUGCUACGAGUGGAAGCUCUGCUUAUUGGCCUCCGAGAGGAUGGAAGUAAAUCGUAACAAUCCAGGUACCUGUUUAACUGCAACCAUGCACCUUCGGCAAGAUUAAAAGAAACGCGAAGAUUACUUAUCGAUAUUCUCUGCUUUCCAUCGUCUUCAUGGCUGUGACUUUACGAAUCUUUAUUGUGAAUCGGCUUCACCUCGUAAUUCCUGUUUCUUAACGAAACUCUUAUUUGAUUGAGAUGCAGAAAAAUGAACAGCACCAAAUGAAAAAAAUUAUAUUACUGAAGAUUCAUUGAUUCAUGAUUUUCGUACUUUUUUUUUGUAACAAAGUGUAUAACGCAAUUUCCGUGAUACGAGAAAGAUCAAGACUGCAUACUUUUAGUGACGUACGCUUUUGUCGAUUGUCUUUAAUAAGUUUGAAAAGCAAUUGAUGAUUGACUUUGAUUUCGUGAAUUCGCGUCCCACCAUUUUUGGGACUUUGGACAUGCAAACACACACAUACAUAUGCAUAUAUCAAUAUUUUUAUUACUAAUUUCCAAGAUUUUAACGGGAUUUCUUUAAGUCAUACUACGUUUGAGAAUGCACAAUACCCAGAAGAAGUUUCAUAAAUGUGGAUCGUGUAAACAUUUAAGUAACCUCUUGCGUUUAAAUAAAGUAGCGAUUAAUCCUCCUGCUGAUAUCCGCGAUUUAUACUUACAAAUUAAUGCUAAAAGAGCGGCCGGAUUAAUGGGUUAGAACAAUGAUAAUUAGAUGAAGGAAAUAAAGAAAAUAAAAUAUAAGGAUUGGAACUGUGCGUGCCUGAGCCUAGAAUAAUGAAGGGAACGUGAAACAAAGGAAACAAAAAGUAACAAUAAUAAGAUGUAAAAUAAAAUAUUAGUUGCACAAAAAUUUCCAAUCCCACAGACUAUUGCGUGUUGACCAUUUGUAUCCCAUUUUCGGUCUACCUAUAAGUUUUAAAGUCAUCAACAGUAGCGCCCGUAUGAUUCUAUGAAUGACUGUUAUUCUAAUUAAGAGAAUAAUUAUUUUGUUAUAUAAUUAUUAAUAUAUAUAUUAUAAUUCUGUGA